AUGGCCAUCGGGCCGAGGCGAAACAGAGGCAGUGUGGAGUCCGGGGUUCGUGUCUCUCCGAGUUCACGUUCCCCUCUCCUCCUCGUCCUUUCGUUGUUCACGACAGUUCAGCGCUUACAGAUGGCGCCCAAGAAACCUGCGGCCACGGCCGAAGUUGCCCUCGUUCCUCUUAAGAACUGCCUUGUCAAUCUACCGUCGUCGCUGGUCGCUUUACUGGUGAACGCCAACACGGCUGCCCAAAAUGUUAUCAUUGAGCUACAGUACAAGUCAGACUCCGCAAAGGCCAAUGGAGCUCCCCCGCAGCAGUCAUGCUUCCUCGGGUGGACUGGUAUGCCAAGCAAGCGUCGGCUUGCGCCGGUCGUUGGAAGAGAUGGUAUCAACAGCGGAUAUGCUAGAGAACAGGAAGUUUCUACCGUUGAGCUAGAUACUACCUUUGGGCGACUUCUAGGUCUCACCGAGGGGCAGAAGGUCGGACUGUUCAUUCACCUCGAUCCACCUAUUGCGCAUACUAUCAACAUUGAGCCAUUGACACCUGAAGAUUGGGAGAUAAUUGAACUCCACGCGACAUUCCUUGAGCUCAAUCUCCUCUCACAGAUCCGCGCCCUACCAAAUCCUACAUACAAUGCCCCACAAUCAGAGCAGCAUAUGCACCCACUUGCAUUACAUCUAUCCCCCACGUCUACCGCAAAUAUUGUCGUCACAUCACUUACCCCCGCUCCGAUUAACACAUCUCCUUUUGCUAAGAUUGCAUCAGAUGCGGAAGUUAUUGUUGCACCGAAGGUUCGGUCGAAGACAAGCAAAGGGUCUCGGUCUGACAAUCGGAGUGCAGCUGGAAGCAGCAGGAGAAGUGCUGGCGGUAGAAGUGGUUCGAGCACUGUACGCCCGAAGAGCGGCCAUUCUGACUCGAGCACUCGAGGUUCUGUAUAUUUGAGAGGUGUUGAUCGUUCAGCAACCAGUCAAUGCUUUGAUGCGGAGAUUGAGGAGGAUGCGAAUGAAGGCCUACGUGUCUGGGUUGAUCCGGACCUGCUUGCAAGUCAGGAGCUGCGCGGGGCGACGUGGGCAUGUGUAUCGGUUGUCCAACCAUCUGGUCUCAAGCCCCCACUUGAUCCCCAACAACAACUUGCCCAAGCUGAACAGCAGAAGUCGAAUGAUGCUGGCUCUCCUUCCACCAAGAUCGUAGCUAAGCUGCUUCCGUGGGAAGAGGCCCCUGACAAUCGGCAUGCGGCGAUGUCCACAUUGUUGUGCACGGCCCUUAACGCGGAGAACAUGGUCGGUGGAAUUGUCCGAGUCGAGGCAGCGCCCCCACAGCUUCAUCGAUCAGCUGUCAAAACACUCAAGGUGUAUCCAUUCAUUGCCGAUCCCUCGAAGAAAAGAGACGGCCUGAAGUUCGGCUCUGACACUGCGGCCUCUCGAGAUGCUCUUGCCGAGCGAUUAAAGGUUAUUUACGGGAGCACAGGGUCAGAUGUCGGGCUUUUCUCUGGUCCUUUGACCGAUGGAAUGAUUCUCCCCAAAUCUGAGUAUCAUCCAUCGGUUCUUUCAUUUGAUGGCGCUAUCAUUCGCUUUGAUCCACCCUUGAAAAGUGGUCCAGAUGAUACAAAGGCAAUGUUAGGAUGGUUAUUGGGCUCGGAAGCCAAGUUGAAUCUAGAGGUUCAGGCAGAGAUUCCCAAGCCAUUGGACCCAAGUUCAUCUGUUCUGCCUAUGGAAGAUCCCCUGCCAGAGACCGCUCCUGACCUUGUUGGGAUUGAUUCUAUCAUUUCCAAAUCUUUGAACAACCUGACAAAAUCGUCCUCUAUCUUGCUCACUGGUGGUUUAGGGGCUGGAAAGACGACUCUGGCUCAGCUACUAGCCCAUCGUCUAAGGCGGGACCAUCUUUCCAACGUCAAGUAUUUCUCUUGCCGUAAACUCGUUACCGAUGAGACAAGAAUUUCCAAUAUCAAGGAAACCCUGAACCGUCUGUUCAUGUCCGCAUCAUGGUGCGCACGCCUCGGUGGUCAGUCUGUCGUGAUUCUUGAUGAUUUAGACAAGCUCUGCCCCGUUGAGACUGAAUUACAAGUGGGUGGGGACAAUGGCCGUAGCCGUCAAAAUAGCGAGGUUAUCUGCUCUAUGGUUCGGGAAUAUUGCUCCUUGAACUCUUCUGUUGUACUAUUGGCCACUGCUCAGGCCAAGGAGUCCCUCAAUAAUGUUAUCAUUGGUGGCCACGUUGUGCGUGAGAUUAUUAACAUGCGUGCUCCCGAUAAGGAAGGGCGCCGCAAGGUUUUGGAGAAACUCACUAGCCAAGACAAGCCUACGGAGAACAUGAAUGGACAUGUCCGGACUACGAGCUCCUCGACACAGGACUCUUGGUUGGACCCUUCGAAUCCAGGUAGUCGCCCUAGCUCCUCUGGGGGUGAUGGAUUCGUUAUUGGCAGGGAUGUCGAGUAUCUCGAGCUAGCUGGCAAGACUGAUGGGUAUAUGCCCGGUGAUCUUGUGCUACUUGUUUCUCGUGCGCGCAAUGAGGCUCUUAUUCGCUCUGUUUCAGAUCUAACAGCGACAUCGAAGAUGAUCACUCUUGGACUAGAGGACUUUGAGAGCGCUUUGAAGGACUUUACCCCAGCAUCCCUUCGCAACGUUACCCUUACUUCUUCGACAACAACGUUCGCCUCAGUUGGCGGUCUCUUUGAAACCCGAAAGACCCUACUGGAAACCCUGCAAUAUCCUACGAAGUAUGCACCUAUCUUCUCUCAAUGUCCGCUGCGUUUACGGUCUGGUUUGCUUCUUUAUGGAUUCCCAGGUUGUGGUAAGACAAUGCUGGCUAGUGCAGUUGCUGGUGAGUGUGGGUUAAACUUCAUCAGUGUCAAAGGUCCCGAGAUCUUGAACAAAUAUAUCGGAGCCAGUGAGAAGAGUGUUCGUGAUUUGUUCGAAAGAGCACAGGCAGCUCGUCCAUGUGUUCUCUUCUUCGAUGAGUUCGACAGUAUUGCACCUAAGCGUGGCCAUGAUUCUACCGGUGUGACUGAUCGUGUUGUCAACCAACUGUUGACCCAGAUGGAUGGUGCAGAAGGUCUUUCAGGUGUAUAUGUGUUAGCAGCAACCUCGCGGCCGGAUCUGAUUGAUCCCGCUCUCCUGCGUCCCGGUCGUUUGGACAAGUCCUUGCUUUGUGGGAUGCCAACCCACGAAGACCGUGUUGAUAUCAUCCGUUCAGUGAGCGAGAAACUCAAGAUGAGUGAUGAGGUUUCUUCUCGUCUGGAUGAAAUUGCUGCCGCCACCGAAGGAUUCUCCGGUGCUGAUUUGCAGGCCGUUGUUUACAACGCCCAUCUGGAGGCGGUUCACGACGCUCUAGGUGACCAUUCUGGCGAUGGAGACAAGCCUGGUGCCAAGUCCAAUACUACCAAGAGCUCCAACAGUGCCUCAACCAAGUCAUUCAUCCAGUUCCUCUACUCCUCCUCCGAGGAAGCAUCUGGAUCGGUCUCCAUGCCAGCUCCGGCAGUGAUCUCGGCCAAGCUCGAGGCAAUUAAGAGUUCGCGUCGACGUCAGCGCCAGCUCGAGCAAGGACCUGGUGCUUCAAAUAAUAGCGCAGCACAGCUAGCUAAUGGCACCGAAGCGCCUACAGACGAGCUGCGCGAGGAUAUCAUCGUCCGAUGGGAGCAUGUCGAGCGUUCUUUGGCCACCACGCGCGGUUCCCUGCCUCCGGCAGAGCGUAGACGACUCCAAGGCAUCUAUCGGGAGUUCGUUGUCGGCCGAAAUGGCGAGAUGCCCAAUGGUGAAGCCGGCAACGAGAUUGGGGGCCGGACCAGUCUGAUGUGA